GUCUUAAUGUGACAGAAUGAAAGUCUACUAUAUGCAACCGGAUUGUGUGUCACUUAACAAGAUUACAGGAUAGUUUUGAUACAAUUGGCACCCACGUAAAGAAGGUAAGAGGAGCUGGGGAGAUUUGUCCAUACAAAGGCUUUUUGUUCCCAGCCAACGGUAGAGGUGCAAUAGGAGCAGCUUGGAUAACUGGAGAUGGGGAGAUGAACCUUUUGUGACAUUUUCAAUGGACACUUUGCUAGGCCUGCGUCCUGUUUUGGUUUGCCUCUCUUUACGCUCAGUUUGUGUGACACUUUGAGCAAAAAUGGACAGUGUAAGUAAUAACUCAGUGGAACAGGGAAAGCAGCCUGCUAGUUCCUUACUGAAUGUCUGCAGCAGUUUCUUCACCCAGGAUAGAUCUGCCUCCUCAGACUUGGAGUCAGCUGUGCUGAUAUCUUUCAAGGAUCUGUCAGAUGGUGAGAAUCCUCUUCCUGAAGAUUGUCAAGCUAACAGCGAGAACAAGCUAAAAGGGAGGGAUAAUGUGACUGCUUCCUGUGAUACGGGGCAGUGGGUGGAAUCACUGGAAACUUGCAAGGACUCUGGUGAACAAGUUAGAGGAACAGCUGGAGCCUCAGUUGACCCAGAUCUGGUCCAGGUCACCAAGGUGGAAACGUAUAGUGACACAGAAAAUGAGGACGAGGAGGCCUCCCACAGCAGCACCAGUCUGUCAGAGAAGCUUGCCAAGAUCAGGGAGCCCAUCCUACCUGAGGAGGAGAAUUAUGCAGUGGACCAUGGUGAAGGAGAUGAGAUACAACAUUCCACAGAGGCAGAGACAGAGUACGAAGUGCCGAUUUUUAGAACACACAAAUUUAAGGGGAGAUCCCCCAUAGAAGCUAUUCUGUAUUCAGACAGGUUCAUUAACAGAACUAGCCUUAGGACAUCUCUCAUCUCUUCAGUUUCCAAACACACAGAUGUCUGCCCUGCCACGGAGAGCACCACCACAGUGUGUGCGGAUGACGACGCAUCGAAUGAAGAAGAGAAUAGUAGCAAAAAUGUGGAAACAGAAGAUGAGUAUGCUCGCAUAGAUUGUUCUCAAUCUGUUCCCUCCAUCAUUUCUGGACAUCUUGCUUUGGAGGCUUCAGGUCAUAAUGCUGCCACGGACUCUGCAUCAAAGCAAACGGAGAAUUUAGAUAGUACAAAAAAGGAGGAGACACAUGAGCAAAGGGCUGAGGCUGAGGACGGGACUGAAGAACCUCACUCCAGUCAGGUGUCCUCCUUUGUUCCCUCCAGCCCUAAAAAUCCUGAAGUGUCAGUCCAAUCAUCAUCUAGUCCAGAGGAGCAGACAGACACUGCUGGUAUUACAAAUUCAGGGUUUAAGAAACCCAUUUCACCAUCAUCUGCACCUGAGGAGCCCCUGGUUGACAUUCAGCCAAGUGCCAGUCCUUCUUCACAGUGCACAACUGAUCCAAAGACACCUGAAACGAAUACACCACCUGCAGUAUCAUCUCUUGCACCCUCCUCUACUUCCUCCACCUCAUCCCCAUCUAGGGGCAAGGCACUCUCUUUGCCUCCUUCCUUUCAGAUGCCGGCCCUCUUCAGUGGGUUGAGGGUGCUGAAGAAAGGAGCGGUGGGUGAAGACAGGGAGACGGUGUCAGAGAUCAAGCAGACGGAGAAGGAUGCAGACCUGGCCUUGCUCAGCCUGAAGAAGACGGUAAACAAAGCCAAGCUCUUCCCUGAGCAGAGGACAGCCUCUCCCCCUAAAAAACAUUCAGAGCCUAAACCUGCUGCAGAUACUAAAAGCACGGUAAUGGGACAGCUCAGUCAUCUGCUGAAGCCACACAGCCAACAUAAGACCAAACAGUCAAAUGAUGGCCAGGAUGCCGAUUAUAAACAUGGGGAGAAAGAGUCUGAGAAUGGAGAGGGGGUUGCGGGAGAUAAAACUGAAGGCCCAGUCAGUCCUACAUCCACACUUGAAAAAAAGAAAACCUCAGAUCUGGCCUAUGAAACCUUCAGGAGCAUCUUUGGUCCCAAAACUGUCAAAAAGGAUAAAACAGAAGAUGUGGAUCUGGAGUCAGUGAAAAAGAAAAUCAAGAACGACAAGGAAAAUCUGAGGUUGAUUUUUGAGAGAUCCUCCAAAUCUCCUGGGAAGGAAGUCAAAAGUCCCACAGAAGCUAAUACAGAGGUCACGUCCCCUGCAGAUAGUGAAGACCGGACUCCAGGGCGGCUGCAGGCCGUGUGGCCCCCCCCAAAACCUAAAGAUGAGGAGGAAAAGGUGGGGCUCAAGUACACCGAGGCAGAGCACCAGGCUGCCCUCUUGCAAUUGAAGAGAGAGUGCAAGGAGGAUCUGGAGAGGAUGCAUUCUGACUUUGAGCUUCAGAUCUUCCAACUGCGAGGUGAGCAUGCUGUCUCAAUAUCACACCUGGAGGGAAUCGUCGCGAAGAUGCAAAGAGACAAGUCGUACAACGCAGGUCAGGAGCAUCUUGAGGUCCGCGAUGCCGCUGUGUCCACUGCGGAUGACCCGACACCCAAGACCUGCCGCACCGUGGGUAUCCAGACAGAUAGGGAGACCUUCAUCAAGAGCCCCGAGGGGGACGGCGGCGGGCUCGCUCAAAGCCCCAACCAGAGCGUGCCGAAGAAACUCAACUUAGACGUAAUCGGUCUGAAUCUAAAAGGUGAAAUGGCCCCAGGGCCUCCUGGACCAGCCCCGCCACCUCCACCCCCUCCUCCUCCUCCUCCUCCUCCUCCCCCACCAGGCCUUUCAGGACCACCAGCCCCUCCCCCUUUACCAGGCAACACGGGAGCACCACCACCAGUCCCUCCACCACCUCCUCUCCCUGGAUGUGGCCAGCCACCACCCCCGCCUCCGCCUCCCCCUCCUGGUCUACCUGGAGCUGGUCCACCUCCUCCUCCCCCUCCUCCAGGCUCUGGCCCUCCACCUCCUCCCCCUAUGGGGGGGUUCGGUUUUGGCCAGAAAGUGGAGAAGGCCCCACGGAAGCCUGCCGUCGAGCCAGCCUGUCCCAUGAAGCCUCUGUACUGGACCCGGAUACAGAUACAGGACAAUAACAACAACACAUUGUGGGGUUCUCUGGAGGAACCGAACAUCGUCAACACCAAUGAGUUUGAGGAUCUUUUCUCUAAGGCCACGCUACAGCCAAAGAAGAAACCCCUGUCAGACACCUAUGAGAAGAAAACCAAAACUAAGAAGAUUAUCAAGCUGCUGGAUGGGAAGCGUUCACAAGCAGUUGGCAUCCUCAUAUCCAGCCUGCAUCUGGAGAUGAAGGACAUCCAGCAAGCUGUUCUUACUGUGGACAACUCUGUAGUGGAUUUGGAGACCAUUGAAGCUUUAUAUGAAAAUAGGGCCACCACUGAUGAGAUGGACAAGAUAAUGAGACAUUAUCAGAAUUCUAAAGAAGAAGAAGUCAAGCUGUUGGACAAACCUGAACAGUUUCUCUAUGAGCUCUCCCAGAUUCCUGACUUUGCGGGUCGGGCCCACUGCAUCAUCUUCCAGUCAGUCUUCCUCGAUACCAUCUCCUCCAUCCGUCGCAAGGUGGAGAUUAUCUCCAAUGUCUGCAAAGAGUUGCUAGAGUGCAACAGUUUGCGGGAAAUAAUAGGUCUUGUUCUGGCCUUCGGGAACUAUAUGAACGGAGGGAAUAGGACAAGAGGUCAGGCUGAUGGCUUUGGACUUGAGAUCCUCCCCAAACUAAAGGACGUCAAGAGCAGGGAUAAUCGUAUCAAUCUGGUGGAUUAUGUGGUUUUAUACUACCUACGUAACUUUGACAAGCAUGCCGGUACAGAAAAGAGUGUGUUCCCUUUGCCAGAGCCUCAGGAUUUCUUCCAGGCUGCUCAGGUUAAGUUUGAAGACAUCACCAAGGACAUCAGGAAGCUGAAGAGAGAUCUAACUGCCUGUGAGAAGGAAGUGCAGAAGGUGUGUGCCAACUCGUCAGAGGAACACCUCCAGCCCUUCCAGGAGAAGAUGAAGGGAUUUAUCUCUGCAGCUCAAAAGGAGCAUUCAGCUGAAGAGGACCAGCUCAAUUCAGCACAGAACAGUUUCCAGGACAUGGUGAGCUACUUUGGUAUUAAGCCAAAAUCCGGGGAGAAAGAAGUGGCCCCGACGUACGUCUUUAUGCUCUGGUAUGAGUUUUGCAAUGACUUCAAGAACACCUGGAUACGACAAAGCAAGAACAUCUCCAAGGAGAGGUUGAAGGAGGCUCAAGAAAACAUCAAGAAGAUCACAGCGGAGAAGAGAGUUGAAACCAAGAAGAUCAAUGCCAACAGUCUGAAAGAGAGGCUGCGGCAGAAGGAAGCCAGCGUGCCCUUAAGCUGAAAUGACGAGUGACAAAGCAGAAGAAGAAAUGAGUGGUGGUGGUAAUAAAGUUGGACGAGAUCUCAGGUGAGAAAGUGUGCAGGCCUCAUUCUUCCUGCGUUUACCACCUGCCUCAAAAACACUGGACUGCCCUCUGUGCCCCAUACGAACUCACAACAAAACCUCACUGGACUCUUACUACUCCCACUGCUGUAUCUCUGCACCGGACACCCCCACCCAUCCCCGUCCACCCUCACGUAGAGCCUUCUCUGUAGAACUCCUGCACCAAGGAUGCAUGGCUGACACAGCCAAAGUGAUGAGAGUCUCAGAGGCUAAAGGUUGACCUCAUUCAUCCAGCUAGGCGUGACCUCUCAGUGCCCAGCUCCUGAAAGGUCUCAGUGGGUCAGUGGGAUUCACAACAGUGCCAGCUGACGCAUCCACGAGAUUCCUUCUGGAUCUACAAGAGCUUGAGAACCCAUUCCUUUCAAAUCUGCGGGCGCCACCUGAGACGGCAUGCGUAUUGAAAAUGCUCCAACAAAAUCAAAGUGUUAAGACGUUGUUGCUGUUCCCCUUGAUUUUUGCUCAGAGGAAAAUCCCUGUUGACAAAACAGAUCUUUCUCUCGGGGCAGUAGGAAAGCAGCUCACAGUGUCCUCUGCUGUAGUGAAUAGCUGUUCAUUCACCAUGGCCCAUUAAAAGUCUUGUAAAUAUGUCAUGUUGUAGAAUCGUCAGGGACCGUGCGGGUUUUAGGAGUAUGAUAAAUGAUCUGCGCUGGGUUUCAAGUGCAGAUGAAGACAUGUUGUGUAUUAACGAGUGUGUGUGUGUGUGUGUGUGUGUGAGUGAGUCAGUGCGUGUGUGUGUGUGUGUGUUAGUGUGUGUGUGGGUGCGUGCGUGCGUGCGUGCGUGCGUACAUAAUCGGUAUGUGGAGUUUUCACUGUAAUGCGUGUUUUCACUGAACCAGACUGACGGCCAGAGAAGAGCAGAACCUGGCAGCGAGUCUGGCCCCUAGCCUCAGACCCCUUCUCACACACUCACACACACACACACACACACACCAUUAGAAGGACACAACCAGUUUUGGCCAUGCACCCGCUCACCCGAGAAUUGAAAUGUACUUAGUGCAAAAUUGUUAAUCCCUCAUUGAGUGCUGUAUGUCCGGCACCGGUUUAAGCACUUUCCUGCUUGCAGUAGUUGUAUGUUGUAGCUCGCCAUCGGCCGCACUCCCAUGUUAUCGGCAUUUCUUCUGAUGUCUUGCACUUUUUUCGCACCUCUUUUCCUAUGCAAGGGUAUCGUUUCCUUGUUACAACUUUCGUGAAUCGUAUUGCCUCAUGAUGAAAUCCCUUUAGAUUUUUUUUUUUUUUCAUUUCUAAUAAAGUGUAUGAAGCUCAACGUUUUAUUUUCACAAAUGUAAGAUGUAACCACGCUCCUGUAUCAUUCAAGAAAAAGUAUAUUUAUGUAAGGAAAGAUGUAUUUAUCAGCUUUGUUCCCUUUGAGGCUGUAUUUUCUUCAGUUGUGAUUGAAUCGACCAAGAAGCUUCCUGAUUCGUCAGUUAGAUGAAAGAUAUAUUUUCACAUGGAUGUUACUUGUAUGUCGGAGAGAUGAGGGUUGUACUUUGGGUAAUGAGAAUAUUUAAGCAUAUCACCUGAAGCCAUGCGAGUUGCUAUACCUCAGAUAGACUUCCAUUAUCAGAGUAACAUUAAAUCUGCACCUUGAAUUACUUUUUCUACCCUCCAAAGUCUUUCACGUGUGCCGUUUAUUUUGUAUAAAAAUGAGAUAUUAUAUAGUUUUAAACUGCUGUUUUACUUCAGAGGGUUUGAGAAACAAAAAACUGAGCUGAUACUGACCAAGGAAUUGUUGUAGCCUCUACUGUAUGUAUGUGUGUCAGUUCGUGUUACCCUCAGUAGCUCUCAUAUAGGUGCUCUGUAAUUUUAUGGAAUUGUUUUAAAUUUCAAGAAUAAACAACUGGAUGC